AUGCGUUCCUUCGCCGUCAUUGCUGGCUUCGCCGCCGUUGCCCUUGCUGCUCCCCAGUACGAGGCUUACCCUGCUGCCCCUGCCUCUUCCUCAGCUGCCGCUGAGUACCCGGCCUACCCUGCCGAGACCUCUUCGGCCCCUGCCUACGAGGCUGCUUCCUCCGCUGCUGAGUACCCAGCCUACCCCGCUGAGACUUCCUCCGCUGGAUACGAGGCUUCCAAGCCCGCCUACGAGGCCGCCAGCUCUGCCCCCGCCUACGAGGCCUCCAAGCCUGCGUACGAGGCCAGCUCCGCUGCUCCCGUCUACUCUGCCUCCAAGCCCGCCUACACCACCACCGAGGUUGUCCACGCCACCAGCUACGUCUGCCCUGAGCCUACCACCAUCACCUACGGUGCCUCCACCUACACCAUCUCCUCCAGCACCACUCUCAGCAUCCCUGAGUACACUGCUACCUACGUCCACACCCCCAGCGCUGAGGUCCCUGCUGUCCCCAAGCCCACCGUCUCUGAGACCCCUGCUGUCCCUGAGGCUUCGGCCACUGCCCCGGGAUACUCUGCUGCUCCUCCCGCUCCUCUGUACCCCAGCUCCAACGGCACCGUUCCCCACGUCCCUGCCGGAACUGGCUACCCCACUGGCACCGGUGCUGUCCCCAGCUCCACCAAGCCCGCCACCCCUGAGUUCACUGGUGCCGCUGGCAAGGUCACCGUUGGCUUCUUCGCCAUUGCUGGUGCCGUUGCUGCUUUCUUGUAA